UCGCCGCUGGAUGCUUCUUUCUUCUCAAUUAUACCUUUUUCCAUUGUUUCUACUCAUUCUGCUGCAAGCUCCUCCAUCCUCUUUCUCUUUCUAUCACUAGAAAUAACCCUGUGCCUUCAUAUUCUAAACCUUUCGUUCGGACGACGAAAAUCCACACCAUAAAGCAACAACCUUUGCCCUUUUUUCCCUUCCGAUUCCGAAUUCCUUUGCUCUAGGUCUUUCUUCAGCUAUUCCUCCUCCCCCUGCUGCCGCUUGACAAUCUCAGUCUUGUCCGAAUUCCGACUUCUAGGGUUCUUUCCAUGGACUCCGAGGAUGAUAUGCAUGAUGCCAACGAUGUCGAGUCCCUUGAUGAUGAUUUCUACAGCGGUGAGACCGAGGAUGUUCCUAUGGAUUACUACAGCGACUACGACGAUGAUGCUGAUGAUUACUUUGAUGACGGCGAUGAAUCUGACAAGAUUGAGUCUCGUCGGCCCGAGCAAAAUUUUAUCAUCUUGAGGGAAUCAGAUAUUCGGCAAAGACAAGAGGAUGACAUACUAAGAGUAGCGACUGUUCUUUUUAUCUCGCCAGAGGCUGCAAGCAUCUUACUUCGUCAUUAUAAUUGGAAUGUCAGUGAAGUGCAUGAAGCAUGGUUUGCUAAUGAAGAGCAUGUCCGAAGAACAGUUGGCUUACUGGAGAAGCCAGUUGUCCAGUUUCCUAACGCUACGGAACUUACUUGUGGCGUCUGUUUUGAAACUUAUCCCUGUUCACGGAUUAAUUCUGCUGCUUGUGGUCAUCCCUUCUGCAUCCCAUGCUGGGAAGCGUAUAUUGCCACGGCUAUUAAUGAUGGUCCUGGAUGUUUGAUGCUGCGGUGUCCUGAUCCCUCGUGUGGUGCUGCUGUUGGUCAAGAUAUGAUUGAUCGGCUAGCACCUGUUGAGGAGAAGCAGAAGUAUUCUCGCUACCUUCUCAGGUCCUAUGUUGAAGACAACAAGAAGACCAAGUGGUGUCCUGCUCCUGGUUGUGAAUAUGCGGUUGCAUUUGAUGCUGGUAGUGGAAACUAUGAUGUUUCUUGCCUCUGUUCUUAUUGCUUCUGCUGGAAUUGCACUGAGGAGGCUCAUCGUCCUGUGGAUUGUGGCACUGUGGCAAAGUGGAUUUUGAAGAAUAGUGCAGAGUCUGAGAACAUGAACUGGAUUCUUGCCAACUCCAAGCCCUGUCCCAAGUGCAAGCGACCAAUUGAGAAAAACCAAGGGUGCAUGCAUAUGACGUGUACACCCCCUUGUAAAUUUGAAUUUUGCUGGCUAUGCCUUGGUGCAUGGUCAGACCAUGGUGAAAGAACUGGGGGUUUCUAUGCUUGCAAUCGCUAUGAGGCAGCUAAACAAGAGGGAGUGUAUGAUGAGGCUGAAAGAAGAAGAGAGAUGGCAAAGAACUCAUUGGAGAGAUACACACAUUAUUAUGAGCGAUGGGCUAGCAAUCAAUCAUCAAGGCAAAAAGCUCUUGCAGAUCUACAUCAGAUGCAGACUGUCCAUCUUGAGAAGCUUAGCGACGCACAGUGCCAACCUGAGUCACAGCUUAAGUUCAUAACUGAGGCCUGGCUACAGAUAGUUGAAUGUAGGCGAGUGCUGAAGUGGACAUAUGCAUAUGGAUACUAUUUACCGGAGCAUGAGCAUGCUAAAAAACAAUUUUUUGAGUACUUACAAGGUGAGGCAGAGUCCGGUUUGGAGAGACUUCAUCAAUGUGCUGAAAAGGAAUUACAACAGUAUCUCAAUGCUGGUGGUCCAUCUAAAGAGUUCAAUGACUUCCGGACCAAGCUAGCUGGACUGACUAGUGUGACUAAAAACUACUUCGAGAAUUUGGUUAGGGCAUUAGAGAAUGGUUUAUCUGAUGUAGAUAGUAAUGGAGCUACUUCCAGCAAGGCAACGAGCUCCAAAAAUGCUGCAGGCAGCAGCAAGGGGAGAGGUGGAAGAGGAAAAGGAUCCACACGAACCGGCAGUUCCAAUAAAAUGACGGAUGAUAAUGUAUUUUGAGCACUGAGCACCGUCCCUAUGCAAGUACUUUUAACACAUGCCAGAUCUGCCAUCAACAGCGUCGUUGAAAAUUUGGGUUUUCCAUGGGGAAUGCAUCUCGCCAAAACCCAAAGCCGAAAAACACAGUUGAAAUGGGUUCUCUUUCUGUCGAAAUAUAUGCUGGCUCCUAUUUUGGGCUAUUUAAUACGUGAACAGGAUGAAUGAAAGAAGGGGGUUAGUCUCGGAAGCAUGUUAUCCUCCUUGCACUUGUAUGGAAUACCGACUCAAUUUAAUGUAUAUAGCGAUCUACUUUAUAUUUUAGGUAUGGCGUUUCAACAACAGGCUUUAUAAUAACUGAGCAUCUUGUACCGCACAUGCUGGAGAUGAACGCAAAUUGCUUGUUUGUGUCUUCAUUUCUUUCAUUAAAUCCAUUUGUAGCAUUUGUAAGACAAUGUCUUCGGAGUGUAAGCCGGGUGUGGGCGUGUUUUCCAUAUC